UUGAAGGCCAAGAACCAGACGGUCAACUGUAGCCAAAGAGCACAAAUUUCCUACACUAACCCAUACAAAGCAUCUCCCGCCAGAUGGACGGUUCAGAUCUUCGUAAAAUGAAUCCAGGUGGGCACACUCGAUCAAUAAAUGCUCAAUUGACACUCUUAAUAAAAUACUUACGCACACCUAUCUUGCUCUCUAAAAAAAAAAAAAAACAUACACCUUCUUCCUGUCUCUCCCUUUAUAUACUUUUCUUGCAUUAUCAAACACCCAAGGACUCACAGAGAGAGAGGUUUUCCUCGAACAGUAGUUCUUGGAAAGCAGAGAGAUCUUGGAAAGGAUGAAUUUCAUGGCACCCAAUUUCCAUUUCCAGCAAGGAGAAGAGCUGUGUUUUCAAACCUCCAUUCCCCACCAGCAGCAGCAGCAGAUUCUCCAAGACAUGUUCAUCCAUGGUCCUCCGGGGGCGGUCAUCGAUGACCACCAGAAUCAAUCCUUCAAGCUCCACACAGUCCAGCGAAGGAAGCCUGUUGCACUACCUCCCGGGGUGGCUCCUGCUGCCGGUGCUGAUGUGGAUGACGAUAGCCGCAGCAGCAAGAAGAAGAAGAUCGUCCAUCGAGACGUUGAGAGGCAGCGCAGGCAUGAGAUGGCGAUGCUCUAUGCUUCUCUUCGUUCGCUCCUCCCUCUUGAAUACCUCAAGGGAAAGCGAUCAAUCUCUGACCACAUGAACGAGGCGGCCAAUUACAUAAGGCACCAGCAGAAGAAGAUCAAGGAGCUGACGGAGAAGCGAGACGGGCUGAGAAGGGUGACAUUGUCAUCGUCCAGUUCGAGUUUGCUCCAUGGGAAAGGAAGCUCGACUUCCCCUUGUGUGGUGGUCCGGCCUUGUUGGGCUGGAGUGGAAGUGGUCAUUAGCAGUGGGCCAUGUGAUGGAGCGCCACUGCCGAAGAUACUCACCGUGUUAGUUGGUGAAGGCCUUGAUGUUGUUAGCUGUGUUUCAACUAAUGUCGAGGACGGGUUGAUUCACACCAUCCAGUGUGAGGUUGGCGAUGUAAGAGAGGCUGAUUUAUGUGGUGUGGAGCAGAAAUUGGCGGAUUUGAUUGGGCCUGGUUUGGAUUCAAGUGAGAAAUAAGUGCAUUGAAGGAAGCAGAUUCAUGCAUACAUAUAUAAAGAGAGAGGGAUAGAGAAAGACCCAACAAAGAUAUCUAAAGAUCUGAAGCCUACUGAUUGAAGAGCUUCAACUUCUAUCUUCACACAAGAUAUGCCUUAUUUCAGAUGGACUCUGCUGCUUUGUAGCCUUUAAACUCUAACAUAACCUUUCUCUUUCAAAAAACCAUAGAUGUGGACAGUUUAUAUUAUCAAUGACUUUUAUUUCAAAUAGUAGUGAUGAAAUAAAUAAGGUGCUUGUAAUUUAUAUUGAUCAAAUAUCAAAUACAUAUGCCUUGGAUUGCAA